AUGAUGAAACGCGGCAGAGGAACGCGUGUGGUUGGGAAAAAAGUGCUGGAAAGAACGGUGAAGUUGAACUGCGCGACCGUCGCGGUGUGGUUUUGCAAGGAAAACGGAAGGGAAAGAAGAAAUAGUAAUAGAGAUGAUGAUUUGUGUUCGAUCGUGGCAGUCGGGUCGUACGAACACAGUAGAGGAGAAAGAAAAGGGGAAGACGAGGAGGAGGUACAAAGAGGAAAAGAAGAAGAAAGGAUUGGGCAAGUGACGUUGUUUCGAUGCUCACGUGGAAAAAGCGAGGAGGAAGAGGAGGAGAUUUCGUUUGACGCGUGCGGCGAGCUGGACGCGACGUCGAGCGCGAGGUGCGGCGGAGCGUUUGAUUUGAAGUUUGGGAACGCGAGUAAGAGUGAAGGGGGGAAAGUAGAGCUGGCGAUGGCGUGCGCGAAUAAUUGUUUGGAGGUUUUUGAGAUGAUGGAGGAUGGUGAUGCGGAUGUCGACGAGGACGUCAACCGCGGAAAACAGCUCGUUCGAUUGAAACCUACGGGUAGGUUUGAGUGUAGGUUUGGCGGGAUUGGGUUGUGCACGUCCGCGGCGUGGUCGUACAGAGAUAAAUCGAUCGUAGCUACCGGCGACGACGGUGCGGCGGUGGUAGUUGAUUACGAACGCGCGAUGAUGAUGGCGUCACCUGGCGGCGGUAGCGAUGGUGGUGAAGGAGACAACAGCCAGGUUCUCUUUCGAGUCGAAAACGCGCACGCGGAUGCUAUUUGGGCCUCCUCGUUUCUCGACGGAAGCGAGGAUGUGUUUUUUACCGGGGGGGACGAUUGUAAGCUCAUAAAGCACGAUUUGAGAGAGAUGGUGCGAUCGAACGGUGAUGAAGAGGGAGAUCGUUCUUCUGCAUUUGCCUACCCGUCGCAAACGUCGCAGAAUUUUCGAUUCGAGAAGAACCCGGCGUUUGGCGCCGGCGUGACUUCCAUCGAAUCGAAAGGCGAUUUCUUAUACGUCGGCUCUUACGACGGCGCGUGUCGAGCUUUCGACGUGCGAAAAAGUUUAAAAGAACCUAUGUGGAUUUCGAGAGGAAACGACGACGGAAAAGAAGAAGACGGAGAAAAAGAAGGAGAAGAAGAAGCGUCGAUUUGGCGAGUUCGUUUACACCCAAACUUUAGCAGCGCUGCGACCAAACGAGAGGGCAAAAUCGCCUUGGCGUCCAUGAAAGCCGGAUGUCGCGUCAUCUCAUCUCUGGACGGGUCAACCGUAGGCACGUAUCGCAACGGCCACGACGACGACAAAGUCGUCUACGGCUGCGACUGGGCUUUUUUCAACGAAGAGGAAGGAGAAGAAGAAGAAGAAGGUUUCGUCUCGUGUAGCUUUUACGAUAGACGGAUCCACGUCUGGACUCUUUAA